UUGUCUGAGUGGCUCUUGUCGCAAUAGACAAUCUUCGUCCAUGAUGUGUCACUCGGACUUUUCAGCUAGCUACUGCAAUGUAAGCAAGUCUAACGAGUAGCCCCUCUACAGACCAACGGAACAACAUGUCAGGGGACAUUACAGGGGACGAAUUUCAAUGGUGACAGCUGUUGGUUUAUUGCCUCCUGUGAAUCAACUGAGGAAGAUAUGAGAACUCCAAGGACACUACUUUCUCCUCCAAGACCUGAUACAUUAGUGUGAGCCAAGUAUGCAGUCAUAGGCAACUUGAAGCUUAGAUUUCAUCCUCAGAGUUGUUGAGAAGAAGGAGGCGCAAUUGCUUCUGGCUCAGUCUGCAUCAGCUAAUGUCUUCAAGACUCUUUGACUCAUCCUCGGUCUUAUAUCAAACUCUGAGUGUGACUGUUAGUUAGAGUGGCAACCAUUUUGCCUCAGGAAAAAAAUCGUAUAUGUGCCUGCCUGUUUGAGCCUCAUGUGAAGGCUUAUAACCCUGCAUCGCUACCAAGAGCUAACAGUGUCCUGCUGUCACUUCAGUUGUGGCGGCAGUUAUGUUUACGGAUUUGUCAAGUACCUGUAGUCAAUCUACAGUGACCAACAGAAAAUUUGCAACUCCAUUGAGCCGGAGCUGACAUCUCAAAAGUCAUUCCUACAGAAGAACCACUCAUUGAGAGGGGAGUUACCAGGAGGAACAGGGGUCUUUUAUGUAAGAACUUUCCUCCACCUCAGGCUUUGGUAUUGUCUCGACUGUUAUUCCUAUCCUGCCUAUCAAUCACCACCCAAGACCUCUGCCCCUAAACUCAGUCCUUCAGAAAUAACCACAUCUUCAUUAGGUGGUGCCAUGCCCACCAACCAGUCCUCCCCCUGGGGUGGGGGGAAGCUUCGGGCUUGCUCCAACGCAGAUAGUUCCACCACUACAGCCCCUGUCGGUACAAACACCAAGACAGUUGCAGCCACUAAAGUGCCUUUUAGUCAGACUUCCCUAGAGCUAUCCAGGAGAAAGGAUCAAGCCAAACCUCUCUCCUGUAAUGUUGCCUCAUCUGCUUCCCCCUUGAGGCAGACAACAGUGGCCCAAUCUGUGGUUUCUGUAUGGGAGAAUGGGGACGGAAAUAAAACCAACACCCAGUGCCAAUUCACCACUGUGUCAGAUGGCUCUCCAAACCUGCCACAACAACCUAAUGGGAUUCAAAGCCCAAACCAGGUACUGGCAAGAGGACUGAAGCAGGUUGGUAGCAGCUUCACAGAGACCAGUGCCCCUUCCUCCAUCCACAAGAAGGAAUGCCAGAUCAGGUUAAAUGUCCAGCUGAUGGGUACCAUGCAGAAAUGUAUGCCGCUCCAAACGUCUCAACCUGGAAACGGUUUAGCAAUGAGCAGACAUCAGGCUGCCACAGGUGAUGUGCCAUUGGGGUUGGAGCCUCUUUUGUCAGAUUGUCAUCAAGACCUGUUCAUCAAUGGACAGCCCACUCUGAAGCAAACCUACAAGUUGAUGCUUCAAGCUGCAGACUGUUCCUCCUUGCCAUCAGUGCCUCCUCUAUGCCUUACUCUUUGUGAACAUCAGGAGGCAGCAUUGGGAAAGGAUGCCUCCGGCCUUGACAGCACAAAAGUAGAAAUAAGAAGCACAACAAGAGAAACUACGAGGAGGAGCCAGUCAGCUAAACCAGCAACAAAAUGCAGUCAGACACAAAACAGUUGCACAACAAUAACUGCUUUAAACAAUCAGUUGCUAGUAAGAGGUGGUCCUCCAGCAGUGGUGGCAGCAACUACAAACAGCAAGCCCCAAACAUUAGCAUCACUAGACCAAAACAAGCAGGCCCCAGAAUGUCAAUGUCCACUGGGAAGCUCCUUGUCCACAUGCAGAAGAAUCAGUCCUCCAGCAGCCAGUCCCUUUCCAAAUGCCCCCAUGCCAACUGUCCUCAGUGCCAGUGUCAGUGCCACUCAGGAGAAGCAGCCCACACCGCUAGAUGCCAUCACAGAUGUGGCCUCCUGUCCUGCAGGAGCCUUGAUGGGCUCCGUGACCACUCAGAUCUCCGCGAUCCACCUAACAAAGCAGGGACAGCCUGCCUCCUUGGCAUCUUCAUCUCCAUUCCUUUCCUCACCCUCGUCAAUGGAGGAGUGUCAGGUUGGAGAGACUCAGCUUUCUGGCCAGGAGGGUGUUAUGCAGGUGGAUGGAGUUGAGGAGGAGCUGCCUGAUGAGCUGGAAAAUGCCUGUAGUGAUGAUGAUGAUUCAGACUGUUCAUCAAUCAAUGGCACCUCAUCCACAGCAUCCUUUGGUCUCCUUUCUGGUGUUGAAGAGCCGAUGUUAUUGGGGGCAGAAGAUGAUCGAGAGGAGAGACCAGCUUUGGUUCCCAGUUUGUUCCCCCUUAUCCCUCCAACACUCUACUUCAGCACCGCCAGCGAGAAAGUGGAACUGCUGCCUGCAGAACAAAGACGCCUGUUAAAAUGGAAGAUGAGCACCGUCACUCCAAAUAUUGUCAAACACACCAUCGGCAGGUCCCACUUCAAAGUCACCAAGAAAAGCCAUGACUGGUUGGGCUGCUGGGGACACCACAUGAAGUCUCCUGGCUUCAAGGCCCUCGGAGAGCACCAGAAGUUGAACCACUUCCCGGGAACAUUUCAGAUUGGCAGAAAGGACCGGCUGUGGAGGAACCUGUCCAAGAUGCAGGUUCGCUUUGGCAAACAGGAGUUCAGCUUUUUCCCCCGCACCUUCAUCCUUCCUCAGGACAUCAAGCUGCUCCGCAAGGCCUGGGAGGAUGGUGGCUCCAGGCAGAAAUGGAUCAUCAAACCUCCUGCGUCAGCCAGAGGAAUAGGUAUCCAGGUCAUCCACAAAUGGAGCCAGAUGCCCCGCAAGAGACCACUACUGGUCCAGAAGUACCUUCACAAGCCCUACCUCAUCAGUGGUAACAAGUUUGACCUGCGGAUCUACGUCUAUGUGACGUCCUACGACCCGCUCAGAAUUUACAUAUUCUCUGACGGACUGGUUCGAUUCGCCAGCUGCAAGUAUUCGUCUUCCAUGAAGAGUCUGGGUAACAAGUUCAUGCACCUGACCAACUACAGCGUCAACAAGAAAAAUUCUGAAUACCAGACGAACAGCGAUGACCAGGCCUGCCAGGGACACAAAUGGGCUUUGAAGGCCUUGUGGCAGUAUCUUGGAUCUAAGGGAGUCAACACCACUCUGAUCUGGGAGAAGAUUAAAGACAUCGUGAUCAAAACAAUCAUUGCAUCAGAACCGUAUGUCAACAGUCUGCUGAAAAUGCACCUUCGGACACCUUACAGCUGCCACGAGCUGUUCGGCUUUGACAUUAUGUUGGAUGAGAAACUCAAACCCUGGAUCCUGGAGGUCAAUAUAUCACCAAGCCUCCAUUCCAACACAGCGCUGGAUGUUUCCAUUAAAGGUCAGAUGAUCAGAGACCUCCUGAACCUGGCUGGCUUCCGGAUACCCCAAAGAGAAGAUGUGGUCGGCCCCUGCAGCAGUAGUGCCUCCAGCUCCACCAGCAGUCUGUGUGGGGGGAACAGGGAAAGGACCAAACCAGAUCUGUCUGCUGAUGAGAGGGUCAAACGGGCCUUUUACCUCACACAGCGCUACGCAGACCAGGACUUCCUCUCUUCAGUGUUGGAUGUCUUGACUCCAGAGGACGUUCACGUGUUAGCAGAGAGUGAAGACGAGCUGAAUCGUCUUGGAGAGUUUGAGCGAGUUUUCCCAUCACCGACAUCAUCUCGCUACCUCCGCUUCUUCGAGUGUCCGAGAUACCUCAACAUCCUGCUGGACCAAUGGGAACAGAAGCACUGGAACAACAGGACAAAAGGUAUCAGUCUGCUGAGGGCUCUCUGUCAGAAAGGAGUCCAUCUGGGAACCAGUGACCCUGUUCACAUGUGGUCUAAGUGUAGCUACAUCUCAAGGUUUGAACCCCAGAGACAAGAUCUUGUCAGCCCUUCCAGAUCCAGGGUGGUGGUCAGCCAUCAGCACCACUCCCAUCAUAUUGACAAUGACUACGCUUCGGACAGGGAGGUCGCUUCGGUCUCCAGCCUGCCUGUUUCGCCAAGUCCUGGAUCUAGUGUCACCAGCAGUGCCUGUGCAAGCCCUCAGCCCAACAUCACCCUGCUGCCCCAACAGUUGGCCUCGCUGUGAGACUCGGUUUGCUAACACGAUGUUCAGUAACCAGAACAGACACAAAGCUCAAGGUCUAGGACUUAGCCCUAACCUCUCCCCAAACACCCUCCUAUUGAUCUUUCAUAUCUAGUAGCUCUGAAACCCUGGAUGAGAAAUGUAUUUAGAGCUACUGUAUAAGCUUGAAGCCCAGUCUUAAAAACACUGGAAAAGGGAGUUUACCAGAAUUGUAGUUGGCUAUCAGAAGGAAGUCCUUCGGUAACUACUAUAUAGUUAUAGAGGAUCUUUUUGAACUUUGGCUAUUUCAGUGCUAAAAUCAAAACGGCAGUCAGUUCAUGGCGGCUCAUCCUUUGUGGUCUUGAGGUAAACCUCCAUUACUGCAACACCAGUGAAAAUAUAACACUUAAAGGACCAUACCAUUGUUUUUAUGUUUAAGCCCUUUUCCUACAAAUCAAUAAAAUGCCAACCAUUGUCCAACUUUAGGUAAAAUGUAUUCUGAGCUUCUGAGCAGCCAGUGAUUUCCAUUUAUUUCUUUGCAGUAUUAAACUCAUCCUGCAGAGACUUGCUAGAGAUACAUAAUCCAUCACAGUGAGAUUCAUGUCUGCUUAAUUUGUCAAAUUUACAUUGUUAUAUGGCAGUGCAGUGCAGACUUGACCACAGUAGAAGCAGACAUGACAUUCAGUUCAAUAAGACCACUGCAUUGACCCAGCAGAGAACCGUACACAGAAGCUCUAGCAAAGAAAAUAGUUGUUUAGCCAAAAAGUUUGAAAUAAUUGUCUAUGAAUCUGCUGUGAUGUGUUUGGCUUUGGAUAAGUAUUAAAACUCAUGGAUGUAUUACUCAAACUGGACGGUACUUCAUCUUCUCACCGGCACCUGUAGUUAACAGCCCCGGCAAACACAGAACCUUGUGUUUUUUAAACACCAUUUUUGGUGAAUGCCUACACACCUUAGUCCUCGCCUUUUGUACUAAACCUAAACUGUGAAUAAGACUUACUGGACUUCCUCACAACCUACACCACUAAGCAAUGUUAGCAUAGGCUGUUGGUUUGUGUGUUUUACGCACUCACAUUACUGAGAAUAAAACGGCAAAGCCAACACAACCUUACAGAACACAGUGGCCCAAAGUUGUGAUGAUAAAUAAUGACACAAUACUGUGACUUCUCUAAUGUCUUUAAUCUAAGACUGUUGUUGGUUUGGUGUUAAGAGGACUGUUGAGUAACCGAUCUCACAAGUGCCACAUUCCUAGCCUUAUGGACUCUGUGUGCGGGUGAGUGUUUGUGUGGAAAUAGAGAGGCGAAGAAAAAAGGGCUCUCAGUAGUCAAAUGAAGGGAGGGAUGGGGAGUUGAAGAGGAGGAGCUCUGCAGAAAAAGCCCAUUCUGAGCUCACCAGACUUUGUGUGGUGUGUUGAGAUCUCUGCAGCUUAUUUCAAACAUCUUUAAAGUGUCAGUACUUGAUUUUGUUUUCACUUGUUGAUGGUGUUACUAGUGUGUUUCACAAAACCUCAUUUUGAUUAAUGAUGCUGACUUACAGUAUGUUAGAGAUACUUGAAGAUUAAACUUUGAUUACUCUGUCGGACAUGCAUGUUGGUAGACAAAAAGAAAGUUAAUAUUACCAGCGACAUUUGUAAUUUUAAACUUAAAGCAGUUUAACUUUCAUAUUAAAGUAAUCUUAUAGCAGCAACCUAAUUUGACUUUUUAAGGUUCUUUAGGCUUCUCUGUGAUGAUUACCUUUUUACAAAUUAUAGUAUCUAGUAUGUAUUUCUUGAAAGCUGCCAAAUCCAAGUCCAGCGCCAGAAUUUAACCCUGCAGAACCCGACAGUGUGUGUUAACACAGACGUUUGUCCUUUAAAUUUCCUAGAAAGUACCUUAAACUCAUUAACGCUGUGAGAAGAGUGGUUAUAAACUGAGUGCUGGUUUGGUGUUCACUGUUUGCUAUUUGAGAGGAACCAGUUUAAGAUUUCUUAUGUAUCCUCAGGAAAAAAAAGUAUCUUCUUUCAAAAAUAUAUAUCUACUGUGAGGACACUUUCAGGAAAGUAACAUAAAACUACUUGAAGUUGAAAAUGUUUCAGUUCACUUUCUCUUAAAGCCAACAUCUAUUGUAACAAAGUGACAGGCAGAGCUGGUUGUAGAUGAGAAAGGUGUAGAUCUCACGUGAAAACAUCUUCUACUUCUUCUUGACCUCAGUCUUACCUACAUGAACAUUUGAAAUCCUCCAAAGUCAUUAUGACCUCCUGUUUUAUAUCCUAGUGGACAUUAUUUGAAAAGUCAUUCCUGCUGUCAGAAGGUACAAGGAAAAAGUGUGGACGCUAACUUGUUUUACAGAUGAGUUUUAUUAUGCAAUUUAUUAACAGAUGCCAAACUGCUGUGCAGUGUCCGUAUGUAGCACCAAUUUAUAUCUUAAUGUAAGCUUUUAUUAACAUUUAAUUAUUAUACAUGGAAUAGAAAGAGAAAUAAGAAUAUAAAUGUAGUAAAAUGCUUAUUUUGACAUAAGUCAAUGUAUUUCAACAAAAUAGGAUGUGAUGUGGAAGCACAAAGUGCUUUGUUUGAUAUGGAGUUAUCUGAUCAGAGUAACUCGAUGGUCUUCAUGGACCUACUCUAAGCACACACUAAGGGCCCAUUCACACAGAAGCAUCGCUGAGGAGAAGUGCUUUUAAAUUCCCCGUAUUUCAAGUAGGGCUGCGAUUAGUGAUUGUUUAAUUUUCUAAUUAUCUUUCUAUUACUUUGUUUUAAUAUUGAUUGUAAAUUGUUUAGUCUAUUAAAUUACAUAAAUACACAAUUAUAUAAAAUCUGAAAAUCUUCAGAUUGAGAAGCUGGUACCAGUGAAUGUUUAGCUUUUUUUUUUUUUUUUUGCUUGAUAAGUGACUUAAACAAUUAUCUGAUCAUAAAUCUUUUUGUUGAAUAAUCGAUUAGUCAACAGAAAAUUAAUCAGCUAAUUGUUUCAGUGGAAGUUUGAAAAGGUGAAAUAUGAAAAAAUAGUUAAAUUGUGAAGAAUAAUUAAAGGGACAGUUCACCCCAAAAUCAAAAAUACAUACUUUUCCUCUAACCUGUAGAGCUGUUUAUCCAUCUAGAUUGUUUUGGUGUGAGUUGCUGAGUUUUGGAGAUAUCGGCUGUAGAGAUGUCUGCAUUUUUUUUAAUAUAAUAGCACUGUAUGGAACUUGUAGGAACAAUUUUCUUUCUACCGAUAGUUCCUACAUGAAACUGCACACAACAAGGUCUGUGAUUUAUCUUGAGUAACCGGGUCAUGAUUGGAGGAAAGAGACAUUGCUGUUGAGUUUUUCAAAUGUAUUUUUUUGGUUACACAAAAAACAGUAUUAGCCUAGCAUCUCACGUCCACCAUAAUGUCGGCAUCAGGCCAUCAUGGAUGGUUUUGUAUGUUUUUGCUUAUUCCCGAUAUGACAUAUUUAAUAUAUUACCUAUAAUUAAACUUGUUCUAUUCGUUAUCUAAACUAUAGGCUAAAUGAGCUAAAGCAUACAAAACCAUCAGUGUAGCCAUUAAACACAGCUUAUUAUCUGUGAAGCUGCUUUUACAUAAUGACUCUCAGAGAUGUUCCACAGGCCUUAAGACAUAAAAUCGAGUAGUUUAUAAAUGACCAAGUACACUUUCAAUUCGAUUGGGGGGGAAAUCACUCACUUUUUUGUUUUCAUUUGACGGAAGUUACAACGUUCUCCGACGCAUUUAGUGGAUUCCACUUAACACUACAGCCACGCCGCCGUCAGGUUUGUUGGCUGCAUUUCAGAGUUUAUAUAUAUAUAUUACAAAGUUAAAUAAUAACACAGCGUUUGAAGUUGUUUUUUAACAUAACAGAAAAGUAAGUGGAGAUGACAUUAUUUUUUACUAACUUGACAAUUGUAAAAUGUCCAUGUUAAAGGGCUGUAUGAAUUGCUCAGGAUGACAAUUUCAAAAUAAAAGUUAUUUGUUGUACAAGUCUCA